UUCUUCUUCUUCACUUUCAAAAUCUCUCACUCUCCGAUCUCAGCUCAACCCCAUUCGAUUCCAACCCCGUUAGCUCUAAUUUAACGUCGCUGGAUUCAAUUCCUCCAUCAAAGCAAGAAUCUUCGCCUCUCUCUUUUUUCCCCCAAUUUCAAGAAAUUAGGGUUUUCAGCUAUCUCAUCUCCGAUGGCUUCCAUGGGCGCCUCCUACUGGUGCUACACGUGCAGCCGCAUGAUCCGGGUCCGGGUCCGGGCCCAAGACUCGAUCUUUUGCCCCGACUGCGGCGCCGGGUUCAUCGAAGAGAUCCACACCCCGACCCGAUCUCCUCUUAACCACCCAUUUCCGGCCGCCGCGAUGUUCAUCGACACCACGCCGGUGUCGCAGAGCCCGAGGCUGCGGCGGAGCCAGAGGAGCAGCCGCGACCGAUCUCCUUUCAACCCGGUCAUUGUCCUCCGCGGCCCGCCUGAUUCCGGAGCCCCGGCUACGGAGACCGACCCGGGGACGUUUGAGCUUUACUACGACGACGGAGCCGGGUUGGGGCUCCGGCCGCUGCCGUCGAGCAUGUCGGAUUUCUUGAUGGGGUCGGGUUUCGACCGGUUGCUGCAUCAGUUGACUCAAUUGGAGAACGGCGUUGGGAGAUUGGACCACCCGCCGGCGUCGAAGGCCGCGAUCGAGUCGAUGCCGGUGAUUAAGAUCGAGGACAGCCACGUCACGACGGAGUCGCACUGCGCGGUGUGUAAGGAGGCGUUUGAGCUUGAUUCGGAGGCGCGUGAGAUGCCCUGUAAGCACAUUUACCAUAAUGAUUGUAUCUUUCCUUGGCUUUCGAUUCGGAAUUCGUGCCCGGUGUGUCGUCAUCAGCUGCCGAGUGACGUCCGCGGCGGGGGUGGGAGCGGCAGUGGGAGGCCCUCGCUGGAGACUGCUCUGAUUGGAGAGGAAGAGACUGUGGGAUUGACUAUAUGGAGGUUGCCGGGAGGUGGAUUCGCUGUGGGGAGGUUCACCGGAGGGAGAAGAGCUGCGGAGCGUGAGCUUCCGGUGGUGUACACUGAGAUGGAUGGUGGGUUUAACACGGCUGGCGGUGCUCCGAGGAGGAUUUCCUGGCCAUCGAGUGGAAGAAGGACAAGGGAGAGUGGUGGUUUUGCUAGAGCUUUUCGGAAUUUCUUCUCAUUUUUCGGGAGGCUUAGGAGCUCAUCAUCUUCAAGGUCGAGCUCAGAGUCUGGUUUAGGAAGAAGAAGUCGGAGCAUUAGUGUGUUCAGUAGAGCGUCGCGAAGGCGGAAUCAGGGCUGGGCUUUUGAAGAGGAUGAGAACUGAUGGAGGUUUAGCUUCUUUUUAAGUUUUGAUCAAUGCGUUUGAUUGGAAUUCUGCUAAUGUCUGUACAUUUAUGGUUUCUUUGCUGUAAAUAGCAAUACAGGUCACUAAGACCGAAGAGUCUUUGAAUUGUGACUGUUGAAGAGGUGGAAAUUUUGAAUUGUUAGGAUUGACUUUCUGAAGAUCUGGAAGGAGGAGGAGAAGUAAGCUUAAGAUGUUAGAAGCUUUGUGGUGGGCGGGCGUUGUAGAAGCCUUUGUGUUGUUGCUUGUAUCAUUGCUAGGGUUUAAGGCCUCUCUCUUGUUGCAGACAAGCAGUGAAUUAACUUAGAAGCUGAUUGCUGCUUUUGGUCCAUUGUUGUAUUAGAAUUGUUCUUAUUCAAUCUAAAGUGAUUAAUUUC